CCCUUUGGCCAUGGACGCCGCCACGCUGGAGCAGGACGCGGUGAAGUUCGCGCAGCUGGCGGUGCGGCGGGACCAGGCGGGGCGCUACCAGGAAGCGGUCUUUUACUACAAGGAAGCUGCACAAGCUUUGAUUUAUGCUGCAAUGGCAGGAUCAACCUUGGAAAAUAUUCCAGGAAAAAUAAGUGAAUAUUUGGACCGAGUACAAGCCCUGUACUCGGCUGUUCCAUCACAGAAGGCCGACCCCUUGAAGUCGAAGCAGCAGCUGGACCUGGAGCGUGCCCAUUUCCUGGUCACCCAGGCGUUUGAUGAAGAUGAAAAAGGCAACUGGGAGGAAGCAGUAGAGCUGUACACAGAAGCAGUAGAACUGUGUUUGAAAACAGCUAAUGAGACCUCCGACUCGGUUCUCCAAACAAAACUGAAGCAGCUGGCCCGGCAGGCGCUGGACAGAGCUGAGGAGCUGAGAGCUUCAAACCCACCUCAGAAAGACAAGCCAGCUGCAGUGAAACCAAACCAGCCUGUGAGGACCUUCUUCCCUUUGGGCCCCGACUUUUCUUUGAAUGAUAAGCCACAGACAGUCCGGGCUGUGCAUGCCAGCGAGCCUCAAGGCCAGCGAUACACCACAGAGGAGAUUGAGGUGCUCAGGAAGACAUCAAAGAUAAACGGCAUUGAAUAUGUGCCUUUCAUGAGCGUGGACCUUAGAGAGCGCUUUGCUUUUCCGGUGCCUUUCUCAGAUAAAUGUGGAAAACUGCCAUUAUCCCCAAAGCAAAAGGCAAUAUUCUUUCGAUGGGUGCGGCCAGAUGAGAUAUCAAAUAAUCCCACAAUGAUCUAUACCGUUUCAAGUUUCAGCAUCAAACAGACAAUUGUGUCCGAUUGUUCCUUUGUGGCCUCGCUUGCCAUCAGCGCAGCGUAUGAAAGACGAUUUAACAAAAAACUGAUUACCAGCAUCAUUUACCCUCAGAAUAAAAAAGGAGAACCAGAAUAUAAUCCAUGUGGAAAGUACACGGUCAAACUGCACAUUAAUGGUGUUCCUCGGAAGGUGAUCAUUGAUGACUUCCUACCAGUAGAUCACAGCGGAGAACUUCUUUGCUCUUACUCAAAUAACAAAAAUGAACUCUGGGUAUCGCUUAUAGAAAAAGCAUACAUGAAGGUCAUGGGAGGUUAUGAUUUUCCAGGAUCAAAUUCCAACAUUGAUCUUCAUGCAUUGACUGGUUGGAUACCUGAAAGGAUUGCCAUGCACUCGGACAAUCAGGCUUUUAACAAAGACAGUUCGUUCAGAAUGCUUUACCAGAGGUUUCACAAAGGGGAUGUGCUUAUAACUACAGCUACAGGAGUGAUGACGGAAGAAGAAGGAGAAAAAUGGGGUUUAGUGCCAACCCACGCCUAUGCUGUUUUGGAUAUUAGAGAAUACAAGGGGCAUCGAUUCCUCCAGUUGAAAAAUCCCUGGAGCCACCUGCGUUGGAAAGGAAGAUACUGUGAAAAUGACCUGAAAAACUGGACUCCUGACCUCCAGAAAUACUUAAACUUUGAUCCCAGAACAGCCCAGAAAAUAGACAAUGGGAUUUUCUGGAUUGCCUGGGAAGAUCUCUGCCAAUAUUAUGAUGUUAUUUAUUUGAGCUGGAAUCCAAGUCUCUUUAGAGAAUCAACGUGUAUUCACAGUACUUGGGAUGCAAAGCAGGGCCCUGUGAAAGAUGCCUACAGCCUCGCUAAUAACCCGCAGUAUAAACUGGAGGUCCAGUGCCCACAAGGUGGCGCUGCAGUGUGGGUUCUUCUGAGCAGACACAUUACUGACAAGGAUGACUUUGCACGCAACCGGGAGUUCAUCACAAUGGUUGUGUAUAAAACAGAUGGGAAAAAAGUCUACUAUCCUGCUGAUCCCCCACCAUUCAUUGAUGGGAUUCGGAUCAACAGUCCCCACUAUCUGACGAAGAUAAAGCUGACCUCCCCCGGAACCCACACAUUUACUUUAGUGGUUUCUCAGUAUGAGAAACAGAACACCAUUCACUAUACCCUGAGGGUGUAUUCAGUGUGCAAGUUUACCUUCUCAAAGAUCCCAACCCCAUAUACCAUGUCCAAACGGGUGAAUGGGCAGUGGAAAGGUCACAGUGCUGGUGGAUGUGGGAAUUUCAGAGACAGCUUCAAGAACAAUCCUAUUUACCAGUUCCAGCUGGACAAGACGGGGCCGCUCCUGAUUGAGCUAAGAGGACCAAGGCAGUACAGUGUGGGCUUUGAAGUUGUGAUGGUCUCCACCUCAGGAGACCCUGGCCCCUCAGGCUUUCAGAAGACGACCAGCGGUGACUACAGGUGUGGAUUUUGUUACUUGGAAAUUGAGGUGGUACCCGCUGGGGUUUACAAUAUUAUUCCCAGCACCUUCCUCCCACAGCAGGAGGGCCCCUUUUUUUUGGACUUCAAUAGCAGUUCUACGCUUAAGACAUCGCAGUUGCAAUGA